GUGCGCCGCGCGCGGCCCGCAGCCAAUGCCCGGGCGGCGCGCUGGGCCCGCCGCGCUUCCGCCAGCCGCUGGGCCUCGGGGGACGCCGCCGCCGCGGGGCUGCUCCGGUGCCGGCCGGCCUCCGGAGCAAACAUGAAUGUUGGAGUUGCUCACAGCGAGGUGAAUCCAAAUACCCGUGUAAUGAACAGCCGGGGUAUGUGGCUGACAUACGGGUUAGGAGUUGGCUUGCUUCAUAUUGUCCUACUCAGUAUUCCCUUCUUCAGUGUUCCUGUUGCUUGGACCUUAACGAAUGUUAUACAUAAUCUGGGGAUGUAUGUAUUUUUGCAUGCAGUAAAAGGAACACCUUUUGAAACUCCUGACCAGGGUAAAGCAAGGCUUCUAACUCACUGGGAACAACUGGACUAUGGAGUACAGUUUACAUCUUCACGGAAGUUUUUCACAAUUUCUCCAAUAAUUCUAUAUUUUCUGGCAAGUUUCUAUACGAAGUAUGAUCCAACUCACUUCAUCCUAAACACGGCUUCCCUCCUGAGUGUGCUGAUUCCUAAAAUGCCACAGCUACAUGGUGUUCGGAUCUUUGGAAUUAACAAGUAUUGAAGUGUUUUGAAAUGGAACAAAAAUUUUUAUAGCUACUCAGUUUUCUAUAAGGAGUGGUUAGUAAACUGCACUGUUUCUGUGAAAAUGUGAAAUGAGAAGUAUUUACAUUGGAGGGCCAGUUGCUGGUUCUUCAUAGGCUGUUUUGAAGUGCAGAUAUUUACUAGAAGAUGCCUCUGUUUAAUGCAUGUGGUAUCUUUCUGAAGAGAGGCUUUAUAGGCAGGCUGGGCAGGCCCAGCUUAUAAGUUAAAUGGCUGUGAAGUGAGGGUAUAGUAGAUAAAUCCAAGGAAAUAAGAGAUUUAUAAGACACUAAGACCAGCUUAGCUUAUAACGAGGGGGCAUUAUGUUAGGAAAAGAAAAUUUCCAAUCACUCAGUUUAAGCAGAUAUGCGUGUAAACCAGAAUCAUCUCUUUAUAAGUUUAUUGUAAUUUUUAUUACCAUAUGUAUUCCUUUUGUGUCAUAUAAGAGGAUAUUUCCCUCUUGUUUUAUACAGGCCAAUCCCUACUUUAUGAUUGUACUUUUUUGCUUUUGCUGGUUCAACAUUGUAUUGAUGGAUGAGGUCAUUUUACAUUUAUUUAAUUACUGGGUUCAUGAGGCCCUACCUUCAUGACUGGUGAUAGAAGACAGCCAGGCAUCUUACAAAUAGCCUCUGAGUCAGCCUUCUAAUUUUGGAACAGAAUGGGUUUUGCUGCCUUUCCAGACACAAGGCUGCUAAACCAAUUAAAAAAAUAAUUUAUUUCACAGUUAAGAUAUAUGGUAAUUUAAAGGUGUCUGUUUAUUUGAUUGUUCUGUCUAAUUGUUAAAGUCUGCUGCUGUCUAGAAAAAGAAACAUAAAAUGGAGAACUAUACGGCCAACCUGUAGUCUAGCAGAAACUGCUUUUCUAGCAGUAAUACCAAAGUAAAUAAUGGAGUCUUCUCUAGCAGAUCUGCAGUAUAAGAAAACAUGGUCUUUUCUUAGACGCCCUGCUCUCAAUACCCAUAUUUUGCCCAUAAAUGUUUUGCCUUUCAUUACAUGGGUCUUAGUCUUGGUGUAGAUUAACCCAAGUGGUAACUGUUUCCAAAGCAGCAACCAUAUUGAAUUCCUGUAACUUAGAGAAUCUUCCUAUGGUUGACAUUAAUUGCCAUAAAUAACUAUAUACUACUUUGAGAAGAAAACAUGUCAAAAACAAAGUUCUGAUAUGGGAUGAAACUGAAAAAUCCAGUAUUUGUAAGCCUGAGUGAAGAGAGUUACAGACCAACUGAAAAAUUAAUUUAUUUCAAUAAACUGACUUUCUAGGGGUAUUGAUCAUUGUUUUGUAUUUCCAAAGUAUUGAGUUUAGAAAUCAGUUAUAUAAUAAUGCUUUUAUAUGUUUGUCUUUUCCCUUGUAUUUUUUAAACCAGUAAUCUAUACUUCAAUAAAAUUUUUCUUUCAUGUAAGAUUCUUGCAAAUAAUCUCCAAAUUCACUCAGCAGUGUCAUAUUUAUUUUUCAAGGCUUUUUUUUAAGCAACUGAAUUUGUAAAAUUAAGGUAGUUGAAAAUAUUCCUUUUUCCUUAUAUUAAAGGCUUAACAUUUUUUGCACAGACUUCAGAGAUGGAAGUUCUGUUAAUACAGGCCUUUUUUCCCCACUUCCCACCCUUCAGUGUUUUAAAAAUAUUUAUUCAAUAGAUGUUUGAGGGCUCACUCUGGUGUAGGUAUGUUUUAGGUAUUGUGGUUACAGUUCGUAAGCAAGACAAACCAAAUCUUUUCCCAUAUAAGCUUACAUUCAAAUUGGAGAACAGGUUAAAAAAAAAUGAAUCAAAACAUAUUAUUUCAUGUAGUGAUAUAAAUGUAGUGGAAAAAAAAUUAAGCAGGUAAAAGGCAGGGGAGCCUACCUUAGGUCUUCUAAUGUUCCUAAGGUGAUUUUUGGACUAGAAAGGAGUAAUAAUAAGGAGGAUAAGAAUGGUAACAAAUGAGGUCAGAGAAAUAGGUAAGAGUCAGAUCAUAUAUAGGCCUCUGUUAGCCAAAGUAAUAAGCAAAUUUUCUUCUAAGCUAGACAAAGCCAUUGGAUAAUUUUACAUAGAUGAUUAGAGGGAUCUGAUUUUUUUUUUUAAGGUUACUGGUUAAUGUUGAGAAUAAAGUGUAAAGAAAUAGGAAGGAGGAAGAAUAAUUGGGAAACUACUACAGGCAAGAGGUAGCUCAGACUAGGGGAAUAGCUGAUGGAGUGGUUGGGAAGUGAUCAAAUUUGGGAUAUGCUUUUUUGUUCUUAACACCUAGGUGAACUUCCCAAUUUUCACAAGUUUGUAGUUUAAUGUAAAAAAAACUUUUUUAAAAAUAAAAUCUAUAAUGACUAUUACUUUGAACAAAACUAAUUGCUAUGCUAUAAUGGCUCCUAUUUUCAAGUCAGGAAACAAUGGCAGUUUCUAAAUGUACAGGAGCUCAGGAUUGCCACUAAUUUUAGCAUUCAUUGGUGAAUUUUCCCUGCAACCAUUAUGGAGUUCCAUGGUGGUUUUCUUCUUCCUUAUUCCUACAUUUAUUGGAAUUCUGUAUGGAAGAUUUUUCCUUUUCCUUAAAUCAAUCAUUUGUAUAUUUUGAACUUACACAUACCUUAUUCUUUGGUUUACAAUUCAUUAUUGUCAUUAUUAGUCUUUCCAAGUGGUUCUCCAGAUUUGGCCAUUGGAAGUCAAAGUUCCCAGUGGUAAUUUCCAAAUUGGUUUCUGUAUCUUUUUGAUCUGCCUCCCCUUUUUGUUAAACAUAGAACUAUAUGUUUUAGGUUUAUGGCACUAUGGUCUACUAAACUAUAAAGAUCCUAAGGGGCAUAACAAGAUGUCCUUAACUAUAAUACCUGUAUGAAUUAGCCUUAUGGAGUUAUAUGAUGCUAACAGUUGGAAAAGACGUUAGAGGCUAUGUAAUUUCAACUCCUUACCUUACCUUGAAUUUUUAUUAACCAUCACACCUCCAUUCAGUUCUGUGUUAGUGCUAAUAAAGGAAGACUUAUAAGGCUGCA